GAACGUUGUUUUUGAAUCUCGGGCAGAUGGUGAGGACGAUGAAGACGUGGGAUGUUGACACUGUUCCACAGAAACCUGUCAUUUAUACUUUCUUCGCUGCUUUGAAGUGACAUAUCUAAUGGACAAAAUAAACAGUGUCGGCAUGAAACAGCAGCGUGAUCUAAAGCUACAGGCAGCCACGAGAGAGAAACUGCGGAAGUUCGAUUCUCUGCGAGGUCGAGAGGUGCAGGACGGUGAGUUUUGGGACGUAGUAGUUCUGACCGCAGCUGACCACAGUCAGAGAGAAGCCUACGAGCUGCAGGUCCGAGGAAAAGUGGACAGAAGAGAACUACCACUGGGAGUCCACUACAAGGUCUACUCCGAUCCACCUGGACCGAAGAUAGGAAAUGGAGGUUCUACUCUGUACGCGCUGCAGCAGCUGGAUGAGGAGUAUGGCAGCGCUCUGAGCAGGAUGAGAAUUAUCCUAAUCCAUGCAGGAGGCUUCAGUCAGCGUUUGCCCAGUGCCAGCGCUCUGGGGAAGAUCUUCACCGCAGUGCCACUGGGUGACCCUCUCUACCAGAUGUUGGAGCUCAAACUGGCCAUGUAUGUGGACUUCCCUUCCCAUAUGAAUCCUGGUGUCCUGGUGACCUGUGCAGAUGACAUUGAGCUGUACAGCAGUGCAGAAAAUGAAAAUAUCAGGUUCAAUAAACCUGGCUUCACGGCACUGGCCCACCCCUCGACACUGUCCAUCGGAACCACACAUGGAGUUUUUGUCCUGGAUUCAUGUGAAAAGUCACCUGAGGUGGAGAUGGAGAACAGUCUGUGUUUGCGCUUUCUUCACAAACCGAGCAUCGAGAAGAUGCAUGACUGUGGUGCAGUGUGUAAGUGGCAGAGUGGAUGUUCCUCUCCGCCUGACGCUGAGUUCGUCUACACAGACAGCACCUAUUACGUUGAUUUCCAAACGGUGAAGUCUCUACAGCAUCUGCUGAAGGAGGUGGGCCCUGUUAACUGUGAGAUUGAUGCAUACGGGGACUUUCUGCAAGCCCUGGGGCCUAAAGCUACGGUAGAGUACACCAGCAACACCGCGAACGUCACUAAAGAGGAGCAAGGUCUGGUUGACGUCCGCAAGAAGAUCUUUCAUCUUCUAAAUGGAACCCCUUUGAAUGUGAUCCUUCUCAACAACUCAAAGUUCUACCACAUUGGGACAACGUCAGAAUACUUGUUUCACCUCACAGAGGACGCGGCGCUGCGGCGUGAGCUGGGCCUCCUGUCGUCUGCCUUUAGCGUAGACAUGGACGAGAACCCUGGCAGCUGUGUUAUGUACAGCAGUCUUGAUCCCAGUUGCACCGUGGGAGCUGGGUCAGUGGUGGAGUACUGCAGGCUGGGAGCGGGAGCAUCGGUCGGUCAGGGCUCCGUCGUCAGCAGCUGUUGGGUCGGCCCGGGCCUCUCAGUCCCCGAUGCCGUCUUCAUGCAUUCACUUAGCGUGACCCGCGAGAACCAAACCGGGUUUGUAACUGUCGCUUUUGGGAUCAAUGACAAUCUGAAGAAUGCGGAGAGCCCGGCUCACAUGUUAGAGCUUAAGUUUUCUGAAGUGAGUUUAGCAGAAUGUCUGUCCCGUUGGAGGAUGGAGAAGGAACUCCUGACGUUCUACGGCGACGUGUCCAGCUGUAGUCUGUGGAAUGCCUCUCUGUUCCCCGUUGGACCAGAUCUACGAAGCUCGUUCUCACUGACUCUGAAGAUGCUUCAGGCCGUUCUCAGUGGCUCCACGUUUACUUUACCCACAGGAACAGAACUGAUGUCCAUGCAGGAGUGUUUACAGAGUAAGAACUUGGAGGAGAUGUUGACAUUCAGGGCGGGCCUCUACGAUGACAUCAUCAGACAGAAAGGACCCAGCAGCUGAACCUGUUUAUUUUGUAUCAUGCUAGUAGCAUUCAAUGUAUACAAUGGUAUACAAUAAUGGUUUUCUCAACACACACUCAGGGCAAGAUAUUUAACACUAAAAUGGUGGUAUUUCAUAAUCAAUGACUAUGGACUAUGGCACAAGGUCAGAGGUGGUAUCACACCUCUGACCUUGUGACUUUACAUUCUGCCCCUCCAUCCCCUCCUUUCUGCAACGACCCUUGUCACGGCUAUGCAGCCUCUUUGAGGCUAAAUACCAGAACUUCCCAGUAGUCAGUCAGAA